ACUUCGUUACGUCGGUGUAUCUCGGACGUUGUAUUUUUCGUGCUUGACAAAAAGUACCUGUGUUCCUCUCAUUCCUGGAUAUGGAAAAUAACCACCCGAGCAAGCAAGAUCCGUUUGCUGAGUACUUGUGGAUGGAGAAUAUGGACGAUUUUGAUCGCGAAGUGAACGAUCAACUCAAUGAAGAGGAGUUCAUUCGUGCAUGUAUUGAACAACUGCUUGAUGAAGAAGACGAACGCGAAACAAUGACAGCGGCCGAAAUAAUAGCCCAACAGCAAUUACAGAGCUUACAGAGCAAAGAUUCAGUACAGCAAGGAACAUCACAAAGUUCUUAUAGAAGUAACUUCCAGGGACGUAACGUUUGCUCGAAUGGAUACACGAAUGGUUACGGCAAUCACGACUACAACGUCGUGGCGAAGAGCACGCUGAACCCAAAUGCCAAAGUGUUUGUGCCACAGAACACGAGGACAUCGUCAUCAUAGCUGGAAAUAAGAGCUGCGCAUGCCCGCCUGACGUGACCGGGUUUUGGAUGAAUAGAAGGAUGCCAUGUAUGAUACGAUGUACAUAAGUUUGCAAUUUGAGAAAGAGUUUAAAUGGAAUCCAGGCGGCUUUGUCCUGUCUAAAUUUCUUAUGUAUUUUAAUGAUUAAAUUAAUAAAGCUCUUAUUUAAUGCAGAA